UCCUGAGCUGUAUUCAGUCGCUGUUGUGGCUGAGAGGCAGGACAGUCAGUCAGUUCGUUCAGUUGAACCGUGAUUGAGCCUGAGGCAAAACAGGAGUCUUUUAAACUAACCGACCAACCGAAAAUAACUACUUCUGGUGUCCCCUCAACCAACUCCGGCUCUGUACGAGACCUUUAAUCCUGCAGAAUGAAAGCGGAGUUCACUACAGAGAGCACCACUGAGUCUUGACAGGCACCAAGGAUGGUGAGGAAACUGAAAGCAGAAAAUACCUGAGGAGGAGCUGUGGAAAGACUCGGUGGUGAAUGUCGACAGGAUGUCCAGCCAGUUGGCCGUUUCUUUGUGAAUGGAUUAGAGGUGAGUUGUGACCAUGCGCUGCCUGGCUGCUCGGGUGAACUACAAGACCCUGAUCGUUAUCUGUGCCCUCUUUACACUCAUUACUGUGCUGCUGUGGAACCGCUGCUCCAGUGACACCUCCCUACGCUUCCUUCCCCGUGCUGCCUUGGUUGCUCCAAGUCCCAAGGUGGGGGAUGCUAGCAUCAGCAGCCAGCAACACCCUCCACAACCUCCAGAGCCCCCGCCUGUUGUUGGGGUUGUCGCAGGGAUCAAGUAUGAAGAAAUCGACUGCCUGAUCAAUGAUGAAUCUACAAUCAAAGGCCGGCGGGAGGGCGGCGAGAUAUACUUGCCCUUUAGCUGGAUGGAAAAAUACUUUGAAGUAUACGGCAAAGUGGCGCAGUACGAUGGCUACGAUCGGUUUGAGUUCCAGCACAGCUAUUCAAAGGUUUACGCACAGCGUGAGCCCUACCACCCCAAUGGAGUCUUCAUGUCAUUUGAGGGAUACAAUGUGGAGGUCCGCGACCGUGUCAAGUGUAUAAGUGGAGUGGAAGGCGUGCCUCUGUCUACUCAGUGGGGCCCUCAGGGCUACUUCUACGCCAUCCAGAUUGCUCAGUAUGGCUUAAGCCACUACAGCAAAAACCUGACGGAGCGCCCUCCCCACGUGGAGGUCUACGAUACAGCCGAGGACCGAGACAGCCGGGCCAGCACAGCGCCUUGGAGUGUGCCGAAAGGUUGCGUCCUCAGCCGUGUCCUCGACAAGACCAGAGCUACCUCCGUGCGUCAGUUCAGUGCUCCGGAGUCCUCGGAAGGCGUGUCCCUCCAGCUGGGUAACUCCAAAGACUUCAUCCUCAGCUUGGACAUCAAGUUUGCCUCCAAUGGCAGCGUGUCUGUGAUCCUGGAAACAACGGAGAAGGGCCCGCCAUUUACCAUCCACUACGUGACCAGCACGCAGCUUAUCGCCUUCAAAGACCAUGAAAUCACAUAUGGUGUCGGGCCACGAAGCACCUGGAGCACUCUGACCCGGGACCUGCUCACCGACCUCAGGAAGGGUGUCGGGCUGUCCAACACCAAAGCUGUGAAGGCCACGAAGAUCAUGCCAAGACGGGUGGUGCGAUUAAUCCUACAUGGGCGUGGCUUUGUUGACAAUGUUACUAUCUCCACCACUGCCCACAUGGCCGCCUUCUUCGCCGCCAGCGACUGGCUGAUGCGCAACCAGGACGAGCGAGGUGGCUGGCCCAUCAUGGUCACCCGUAAACUGGGGGAAGGCUUCCGGCCUCUGGAGCCCGGCUGGUACUCAGCCAUGGCUCAGGGCCAGGCCAUGUCCACCCUGGUGAGAGCCUACCUCCUCACCAAGGACCAGGCGUACCUUGACGCUGCGCUGAAGGCAACAGGACCCUACAAGGUGCCUUCAGCGCAGCACGGGGUCAAAGCUGUGUUCAUGAACAAAUACGACUGGUAUGAAGAAUACCCCACCACACCCAGCUCCUUUGUCCUCAACGGCUUCAUCUACUCCCUGCUGGGACUCUACGACUUGACUGAGACAGCCGGGGAGAAGCUUGGCAGGGAGGCCGGGCAGCUGUUCAGCCGCGGCAUGGAGUCGCUGAAGGCCAUGCUGCCGCUCUUUGACACGGGCUCUGGGAGCAUCUACGACCUGCGUCACUUCAUGGUGGCCACAGCACCCAACCUGGCACGCUGGGACUAUCACACCACGCACAUUAACCAGCUGCAGCUGCUGGCAUCCAUAGACAAUGCUCCCAUCUUUAAGGAUGUGGUCAAGCGCUGGAAAAACUACUUAAAAGGGAUUCGUGCCAAGCACAACUAGACAAACUGUAACCCACAUAUAGUAUAGAGCUGAGAUGAUGACAACUGAAAAGUGUGUGUGUGUGUGUGUGUGUGUG